AUAGAUUUGUUUUUUACUGGCAUCGGCUUUAUCAGCGAGAAAAAAAAGAACCAUUUUCACUCUCUCGCCGUGAUUUGACACUUUUAAUAUUUUCCCAUUUGCAUGCCAUCUCUCUGAUUUGAUUUCACCCCAUUUCACUUCAUUCCUUCUUCAUCAAAUUUCCAAUUUAAAAAAGUAUUUUUUUAAAAAUAUUUUAUUGGGGUGGUGAGUUUUUGGUCUGCAAAUUGGUUGUGGAAAAUGAGGUGGGAAAGGGUUGAGUUGAACCCUUACAUAGGCACAGAGGGAGAAAGGGUAUCUAUGUCUGGGCCAGGGAAGAGGUGGGGACACACCUGCAACGCCAUCCAAGGUGGCAGAUUUCUCUAUGUCUUCGGAGGUUACGGCAAAGAUAACUGUCAGACCAACCAAGUUCACGUUUUUGACUCUCUGAAGCAGAUUUGGAGCCAACCCGCCAUGAAGGGCCUUCCACCUGCUCCUAGGGACAGCCAUACUUGUACAGCCAUUGGUGAUAAUCUUUUUGUGUUUGGGGGUACAGAUGGGAUGAAUCCGCUGAGGGACUUGCACAUAUUAGACACUAUUUCAAAUACGUGGAUUUCUCCAACUAUAAGAGGAGAAUGGCCAGAGGCACGUGAGGGUCACAGCGCGGCAGCUGUUGGCAAACGGAUGUUCAUAUUUGGUGGUUGUGGAAAAUCUGUUGAUAAUAAUAAUGAGGUCUACUACAAUGAUCUUUACAUAUUAAAUACAGAGACAUUUGUUUGGAAGUGUGCCACAACAUCAGGCAAUCCACCAUCCCCUCGUGAUAGCCACACUUGCUCAUCUUGGAAAAACAAAAUUAUUGUGAUAGGCGGUGAAGAUGGGCAUGAUUAUUACUUGUCUGACGUUCAUAUCCUAGAUACUGAUACCUUAAUUUGGAGGGAGCUGAAGACAUCAGGCCAAUUGUUGCCACCUCGAGCUGGUCAUUCCACUGUUUCUUUUGGCAAGAACUUGUUUGUUUUUGGUGGAUUUACAGAUGCCCAAAAUCUCUACAAUGACCUUUAUAUGCUUGAUAUUGAUACUGGUAUUUGGACAAAUGUUACAAUUGCAGCCAACGGUCCUUCUGCCAGAUUUUCUGUAGCUGGUGAUUGUUUAGACCCAAUUAAGGGUGGUGUUCUUGUGUUUAUUGGUGGUUGUAAUAAAAGUCUUGAGGCCCUGGAUGACAUGUAUUACCUACAUACAGGGCUUGCUCGGGAAAGUGAACAGAGACCAGAGAAAUUAUCUUUAAGGAAGCAAUUGAAACUGAAAUGCCAAGAACAAAAUCUCAAUCCUAGCCAAAGUCCAGUUCUGGUUAGAUAUGGAGUGGGUUCUGAUACCGGUCAGAUGAUGACAAUGUUGAAUUAUAGCCAGCCAAGUAGACUAAAUAUCCCUCUAAAUCAACUGCCUCCUUCUGGAAACAAAAUGUUUGAAGCCAAGGUUAUUGAAAACGUAUCAGAAGGAUAUACUAUUGAAACUGUUAUUGAUGGAAAGCCUCUUCGUGGAUUUCUGUUUUUAAACAAGCCAAACUCUCUGUACUCUGCUGCUUAUACUCCCAGUAGGAAAAGGACUGGUGGUGAACAUGAUAGUGCUAAUUCUGACAAAUUCAAAACUCCUAAAUUGGUCAAGCAAAAUCAAAUGGAAAAUAGAGAAGCAGUUCGUGGAGACUAUUCAGAAUCUCAUGAACAACGCACUGACUCUGUUGCUGCACUUAUGUCAAGUACCCCAACAACUGCCAAUACUUCUGAUACCCAUAAGAUUUCUGCCAACCCAGAACCAGAAUCUGCUGCUUUGAAUCAAAAUGAUGAAAAAGAUGAAACACCAAAAUCCUUAGAGCGAAACUUGAAAAAUGACGGAGCAAAUGAUGUGACAAGUCCCAAAGGUGAAGUCCAAACAAAUGAUCAAACAAAUGUGCUAACUUCCAACUUCGAAGUUCCAAGACAUGAUAAACAAAGUGAUGCACCAGACUGCAACACUGAAUUUCUAAAAUCUGCUGCAGCUGAGAGUGCUACAUGUCUGCCAAAUCAAGGUGCAAUGGCAGAUUCCAACUUCCAAGGACAGGAGAAUGCAGUGAACCAGCAAAAUUAAUUUGAACUCAGGAGAUAGUGGUGAUGGUGAUAGACUUUGUCUGCUAGGCAUUUGUACAUUCCUCUUCUCAAGAUGAUCAUAGAGGUCACUAGGUCAAUAUAAUUGGUGAUAUAGACUAACAUCGCAGACUGGAGUUGUUAUUUGCUCGCUGACACCCUUUGAUCUGAAAUUUCAGUUGAACAAAGCCAUGAUUACCUUUAGUGUAGGCAGUGAUAGAAGCAGCUUAGUUUGAAACUGAGUCAUCUCUUUAUUUCCAUUCCUAUCUUCAUUCAUUGCAAGGAAUGAAAAUUUUGUUUUGGUGGUAUGAGAGCACCAAUAUUGUUCCAAAUGCCGCUUAGCUUUAUUUUUAAAUUCUUGGAAUUCCUAUAUAACUUAAUCCAUCUGGAGUUGAUGGUAAUGGUACUUUUCAGAGAUAAAUAGGGCAAUAGAAGCUUAAAUUGUUU